AUGAUAGACAAGAAGAUUAUGCUUCAUUACCAAAAUUAUAACAAAAAAAUAAUAAUCCAGAACUAUUAUGAAAAUUUGUACGAUCAAGAGGAACUAUCAGAGGAUAAAAUGAAGCAAUAUUUGGAAGAAGCCAGGCAGCCUAAAGUACCUGAAGUAGUAAGAACUAUAUUAAAUGAAAAGAUAACAAUGUUUGACCUAACUGAGGCGAUUAAGAGAAAGAAGAACAAUAAAACACCAGGGCCAGAUGCCCUACGGGUGGAAGUUUACAAACAACUACAAGUCACCUUAGGACCGUCAAUGCUGGAAGUCUAUAAUGAAGUCUUGCUAGAAGCUAAGAUACCAAAACCCCGGAUAGGAGCAAAUAUUACUCUUAUACCCAAAAAAGAUGCAGAUUUAUUGCAGAUUAAAAAUUAUAGAUUCUCUACUACUGAUGAGAAGAAAUGGAGGGAGCUACGACAUUUCACACUGUCCACCUUGCGAGAUUUUGGGAUGGGGAAGAAAAGAAUGUCUGAGAGGGUGCAAGAGGAAGCCCUUUGUCUGGUGGAGGAAAUGGCUACCAAAAAAGGGAAACCUUUUGACCCAAGAAGAAAUGUUACAAGCGCUGUUUCUAAUGUGAUCUAUGCAGUUGUCUUUGGCAAUCGACUUGAUUACAAAAAUCACACCUUCAUAGAGAACCAGCAGAUUAUGGAGUCUCAAAUAAGAUUUCUUGCUAGUUUCCUAGGAAUGGUCUACAAUACUUUUCCAAAAAUAAUGGAAUACUUUCCUGGGAAACACAUCAAGUCUUUUGCUGAGAGUGAAAAACUCUGUGGUUAUAUCCGUGAGGAGGUAGAAUUGCACAAGAAAACAUGGGAUCCUCAGAACCUGCGUGACUAUAUUGAUUGCUUCCUUCUUAGACUGGAAAAGGACCAGAACUCAUCUGAGGGUAUCUACUCUCCUGAAGAACUUGUGUUUACUGUGUAUGGUCUCUUUGCUGCUGGGACAGUAACUACAGGCCAUACUUUGCUCUGCAGCCUCCUAGCAAUGGCUAAAUUGCAACACAUUCAAGCUAAGGUGCAACAGGAGAUUGAUGAGGUGGUGGGUACAAAUAGAACUCCAAGCAUGGAAGACCGGUUGAAGAUGCCUUUCACCAAUGCUGUGGUCCACGAGGUUCAACGUUAUCAGAUUGGGAGUGCUGAGAGCUUUCCACGGGCAACAACCUGUGAUGUAAAAUUCCAUGGCUACAACAUUCCCAAGUGCAUCGCUGUUGCCCCUAUCCUUCCUUCGCUACAUUAUGAUCCUCUCCAUUGGGAGACUCCAGAGAAGUUCAACCCAGAUCAUUUUUUGGAUGAAAAGGGCCAAUUCAGGAAAAGAGAUGCUUUCAUGCCAUUCUCAGCAGGGAAGAGGGCCUGUCCAGGAGAAGCCCUGGCUAGGAUGGAGCUCUUCCUGUUCUUCAGCACAUUGCUCCAGAGGUUCACCUUUUAUCUGGAUGGGGACACCAAAGACACAGAUGUAAUGUCUUUGUUUAUGGCCCUCAAUAAUAAGACUCAAUGCCCCCUUAUACAAGCUGUGAAACGUUCAGUGAACACUUGUGUUGAAUAAUUAGGACAAUGAAAGAAGCCAAGAUCCAUCCACCCAUCCAUCCUUCCUUCCUUCUCUUUCUUUCUUUCUUUUUCUUUCUUUCUUUCUCUUUUCUGUUAUUAUUUCUUUUCUCCUCCCUUCCAUUUUUAUCUUCUCCCUCCCCGUCUUUCCUGGCACAUAUUGUAUCCUACAAAUUGCUCCUUUUAAGACCUAGAAAUUGGAUUGGCUGACCUAUAUUAAUAAAUAUUCAAAUAAAGCAUGUGGGAUAGCUUUUACUUUGAAAGGCAAUGUUAAAACUGAUGUGGUAUACAUAUAUAAUGAUUGUGAAGGACAUUUUAUUUUUUCAGGCUAAUAAUUAUUUUUAUCUCUGCUCUGAUAGUAUUUUAUGGGAAAAUUAAGAAUAUUUUGAAAUAUUUCAUACAAGUUUCUCUAAGCUAUAUUCUGCAAAUUCUGCAAUAUGUAAUUCAUACUAAAGAUUUCAACUUCAUUCAAGAUUCUCAUUUAGAAGUCUCAUGAGGAUAUGAUGUUGUGGAAUAACCUACAUUUGAAACUGGAUGCUGAACUGCUGUUGACUUAUUAGCUCCUCUUUUCCAGUUUUAGCAAAUAGCAUCUGGCUGACCACUCAUUUUUCAUUUUAUUCCACAACAGUUUAGUUUUAUUUUUUAUUAAGCCUUGAGGCUUAACCCUAAGGAUUCAAGGGAUGAGGGAGAUCCGGGGAGAGAUGCUGAGCAGGAACACUGGGAUGUAAUGGGGAAGGGAAGAUAUGGUAGGAUCUUGGAGUUGAUCCUCACUUGGUGAUGUCACUUUCACUGGUUGAGAGUGAUCAAAUUGUCUAGUUUCAGGAUCUUCCUUUAAGGAUCCUGUAAUGGGCACUAGGAACAAACUUGAUGAACAGGAAAAAACUCCUAUUGGCAGUUGUAACUAUCUGCAAGCUAUUGAUGGUUUGGAGGUGUGUGGUGCAAAGUGGAUGUGAGUUGAUCUUUACUUGGUGAGUCAAUCUCACUGUUUGAGAGUGAUACAAUUGUCUAGUUUCAGGAACCUCUCUUAAGGCCAGGUUAUAAGAUCCUGGUUGAAUUUGGAGUCUAGGGAACCAUUUUGAUUGUUGCUGAUAUAUUUCCUAAAUCUCAGAAUUGCACUUGCUUGAGCUGCUGGAUCUGUAGCUAGGUUGACAAUAGAGAUCCUGAGGCUAUUGAUUCAUGAGGACUUCAAUUUUGCAGCUGUGGCCAUUAUGGAAAAUAUGGACAUAUUCCAAAUCACUAGACACAUCAUUUACUAGGGAUUACACACUAGCUUUUUUCUUAUGACAGGUAUGAUAGAUCUAGUUUUGGAGAACACCAUUAUCAGCCUGCUGUCAUAAUGAAAUCAUUCUCUGGAUACUUUCUGGUUUGAUGGUGUCACUCAUUUCAUGGGGAUCCAGGACUUGCCCAUACAAGGUGGCUGGAACUUGUUGGGUAUCAGAGGGAGCUUGGGUUUUUCAUUUAGUAUUUGGUGGGCCACCUGGCUAAAUCCUUAGUUGCAUAAAACUCCAUAAAGUUCCAUAAAACUUAGCACACUCUCACAUUUGAGAACCAGUAGCAAAGGUAAGUUGAUUUCACCCAUGAGCCAAGGUAUUUCUUCCUCAACCUGGUUCAGAACCAGAUCAGAAUUUUCUUCUAACAGAAAGGUAAUAAAACAACAUAUAACCAUAUAAAUUGCUGGAAUAACUUUCAGAAUCUUUCUCAUAGUAUAAUUAUAAUCCUGACACCAAAUGAGAGGACAUCAACUUUCAUGAAUGAAGGCAAAUAUACAUGUCCCAAGAUAAUAUUGCAGGAUCCAAUCUGGGUCAGUCACCAAGACCAAAGAUUUUAUCUUCUGAGCUUUCAGACUCGUACUGGAGCCCAUCCGCAGAUAACUUCUCUCUAACAGAGUGUGUAUUGUUAGAGAUACAGUCUUUCAUAGACUUACGGUAGCUGCAAUAAAAUAAACACAAAUACCUUUUGGGGGGGAAAAGUUUACAUAUUUAUCAACUGGAAUACCACAAGAUACCACACAUAGAAUAGCACACCCUCUUCUAGAGAGAAGUGCCCUGAGGAUGGGUUCCAGCAUGAGUCCAAAAGCUCAAAGACAAAACCUCUGGUCUCAGUAACUGACCUGGAUUGGAAUCAGCUUUGCUCUGUAUAAAGGGAAAAUUCCCAUGCAAAAUGUUAAAUUACAGCAGCAAAAUGCUUUGUUAUUGAUUAAUAAAACAAUGUUGGAACUCAUCCUUUGAAUUAAUUCACCUUUGGUCAAAGCCAAAAUGUAGGGAAAGAAUUCUCUAGUAUUGCUCAUAUUAGAAAAUCAAUAAAUACAGAUAUGGCAAAUAAAAUAAACUGGGUAUACAAUUUAUAAAAAAUAUUUCCAGUUGAUAAAUAUAUAAAGUUUGGCCAAAAAUAGUCAGUGUGUUCAUUUUAUUGCAGCUAAGUCUAUUAAAGACUGUAUCUCUAAUGAGAUUACAAUGAAUAUAUAUUAAAUAUUUAAGAAUUAGAAAGAACAACUACUGGGGGGGGGGGAGCCUUUCCUUCCAGUUUUUUUCUUCUUUUUAAUAAAUUUACAGACAUUUCUAAAAUUCUGUUUUAACUUUGUCAUUAUAGGGUAUUGAGU